GACCCCCCCCCCCAUUGUGAAGACGAGGAGAGGUGACCACACACGCGAAGCCCAUUGCAAUUGCUGUAAUUCAUUCGCUUAAUUUCUCUUUUUCAAGCCGCCUGAGCCAUCUGUGUCGUGUGCCAACAUGUCUGUCGCGGGCCUCAAGAAGCAAUUUCACAAAGCCACUCAGAAAGUGAGUGAGAAAGUGGGCGGAGCCGAGGGAACAAAGCUCGAUGAGGACUUCACUGAAAUGGAAAAGAAGGUGGACACCACCACCCGGGCAGUGAUGGACAUCAUGACCAAGACUACAGAGUACCUGCAGCCCAACCCAGCCACCAGAGCCAAGAUGAGCAUGAUGAACUCCAUGUCUCGCAUGCGCGGCCAGGAGAAGGGACCCGGCUACACCCAGACAGAAGCCGUCCUGGGAGAGUCCAUGCAGCGCUUCGGUCGGGAGCUCAGCGAGGAGUCCAAUUUCGGCCUGGCUCUGAUCGACGCCGGCGAAUGCAUGCGCGAGCUGGCAGAGGUUAAGGACGCCCUGGACAUGGAAGUCAAGCAGAACUUCAUCGACCCGCUGCAGAACCUCCACGAGAAAGACCUCAAGGAGAUCCAGCAUCACCUGAAGAAGAUGGAGGGCCGGCGUCUGGACUUCGACUACAAGAAGAAGCGCCAGGGCAAAGUGACGGACGACGAGCUCAAGCAAGCGCUGGAGAAGUUUGACGAAUCCAAGGACAUCGCCGAGCUCAGCAUGUUUAACCUGCUGGAGAGCGACAUCGAGCAGGUGAGCCAGCUGGCGGCGUUGGUCCACGCUCAGGUGGAAUAUCACAGCCGGGCCGCCGAGAUCCUCACGCAGCUGUGCAGCAAGAUCGAUGAACGGAUAAAGGAUUGUUCCCACAAGCCCCGGAAAGAGUACCUCCCCAAGCCUCGCACCACUCUGGAUUUCUCCUCCAUCAGCGAGAACCACAAUGGAGGCAUUCACAGCGCUCGUUCUCCGGGGGCGAGGUCACCAGCGAGGUCUCCAGCAAGAUCACCAGCCCGGUCACCAGCCCCCAUGGACCAGCCGUGCUGCCGCGCCCUCUACGAUUUCGACCCUGAAAACGAGGGCGAGCUGGGCUUCAAGGAGGGCGACAUCAUCACUCUGACCAACAAGAUCGACGAGAACUGGUACGAGGGGAUGCUGCACGGCAACUCUGGCUUCUUCCCCAUCAACUACGUAGACAUCCUGGUGCCCCUGCCGCACUAGAGCACCACCUGCCGCUCGUUGUUGUAAUGCAGUAAUGACCGUUGAAAAAAAAUUCAACAACAAAGAAAAAAAUCAUCUCUUCCUUGAAAAACCCUUUCAUUCCCAAUUGAACCCAACUUAAGGGGCUCUAUUUUCGUAGACAGUGCAUCCGUGACGGCGCGCGAACGCCGGCGGAUCCUGAUUUUCAUGUUUGCAUGUACCUUUAAACCUGCUCAGACCACAUCUAAGCUCUGGCGCAAAGUAGACUGCCGGUCUAAUGCAAUUUUGGUGAAUUUGAUCUGGGCACAGGUCAUCACAUAUUGAGCUCUGCUGAUAUAUUUAAGUCACUAGUGGUUAUCACCGGCUCAUUCUGUAUUUAUUUAGUUGCCACACCGGCCAGAGUAGUGACAAAGCUCCAUUCACGCACGGAUCUCCGCGAUUACGUAUCGUCCUCUUCCGCACAGAGAACGAUGCCAUGUCUCCGUCGAGACAUGGCAUCAGUUGUGCCACAUUUAAAGGGAAGGAGAGGAGCCGCUUUGAUUGGCGGCGACUGAAGUCAUAUGUAAAAACUCCCACAGUGGCGCAGCCCGCCCACUUUCAGAUCCGCCGGCCUGCCCUGGUCUCUGAAAUUACCACUACCGGUCUAACCCGCCUCUGGCGCAACAGUUACGCCGCCCGCUACGCAGGAUUUACGCCGUUUCGGAAAAUAGAGCCCACAGAGUGCGUCUAUAUGCAACAACAAAGCAGCAAGCGGCCAUCGAAUAGUUUCGAUUCUGCAUUUGUGUGGUUGUCCAUCAUCGUUUUUCACACAUUUCAUAGUCCGCCAUCCCACUUUACGUCCGUCUCCGUACUUUGUCAACGUCAGCUGCAGUAGAUGUAAUUUUCUCAAGAAAAAAACAUCAUGUGCAUCAUAUCUUUUAGCAAUCUAAAGGUAGAUCAAAAGCAAGUGUUUUUCACCUAUAUGGAUGACGCCGACAUCCUCCAUAUUUUUUUGUUUGUUUUUCUUUUUUUUUCUUCUUCAUAUUUUUGGCAUCCUGUGUGGAAAAACAACGUUGGGUUUCCGAUGCAUUGUUGUUGUUUUUUUUCCCGUUUUUUUUUUUUUUUAAUUAGAUUUUGGACAGCAGUUGUCUUGGCAUGUUGUGCAAAAUGGGGUUCAGAUAACAACAUUAGUGAACAAAAAGUUUAAAUUCCAACCAUCUCCCACCAGUACUUUUAAUUUUGCAUGGGGGGGGCAGUGUGCGUGAAAUUCAACGUCCGAGCCAUUGAUUAGUGAUGUCUUGAUUUCACGAAAGAUGUGACAUGAAAAUGAGAAAACUACGGAUUGUUUGCUCCAUAUAAAAUCAAAGAUUUUUUUAAUGUUUGAUUUUUUUAAUUGUAAGGAUACAAUUUUAUCUCAUGUUCUAGAAAAAAAAAAACAUCACAUGUAUACAUUUUUUAAAUAGCUAGUUUUUUUUUCACUUAUAACAGUACGUGUUACAUCUUUUUUUUUUUAUCGUUUUAUGAAAUAUUUUGAAAAGCCGUCAUCUCAACAUUCAAAAUUGGACUCACAAGCUCCAGUUUUGGGGUGUUUUCUGUUUUUCUGUUUUGAAAUCAGUGAUGUCGCUACAAUAGAAUGUUCACUCACGUUCUGGAAAAACACAUUAGUCAGCGACGGUAGACGACACAACCGAUAUUAUCGUCAAUAUUUUCGGCAUGUUGGAAAAUGGGUUUGGGUAACAGAGUUAACAAACAAAAAGGUAGCAAUGGCUUUACGAUCUCCACUUUCUCACUAUUUGAAUUUUGCGUGUGUGAGGUGGGCGAUUCUAAAGCGUUUCCAUUGAGUGUGACAAUCUGCGUCCGAGCCAAUGAUUAGUGACGAUGUGAUUAUACGAAAAACACAAGUGGUGACGUCGCGUAAGAAAAUCCGAAUUGUAUCUGAUGUGUGUGUAGGUGAUGUCGCACAUCCGAUAAGUGAUCGAAGUGAUGAUGUGAUUUUACGAAAAACAAGCUGUGAUGUAACGUAAAAAAAAACUAUGGUGGGAAGUAGAUGUUGUUGAUUUUUAAUCGGCAACAAUAGAUUUUCUCUGACAUUCAAGAAAUAAUAAUAAUAUUUGUAAAAAAGGAGAUUUAUGCAAGUGUUAUUUGUUUGUCAUGAUACAUCCGCCAUCCUUCGUCAUGGUAUUUUUUUCAAUAUCUUCGAUAUGUAACAUAGGGUGCACAUACCAAAGUUAUCAGUAUUUUUAUUUUUGUGUUUUUGGCGGUGCUAGUAUGUGACAUUCCACGUCCAAGCCACUGAUAACUGUAGUGAUGACGUGAUUUUACGAAAAACACAAGUUGUGACGUAACGUAAGAAAACUCCAGUCCGAAAUAUCUGUUUGUUUGUUUUUUUUUUAUCAGCAACAUUGUUAUAAUAGAUUUUCGCUCACGUAAGAACAUCACAUUAGUUAGAGACAGUUGGCCAAAACAACUGUUUACAAGAAUACAUCCGACAUGUGCAAAAUGGGAUUCACCUCCUUUUAUUUUUGCAUGUUGAAAGAUUCCAAAGUGUAUCCGCGAGUGUUUGACAUUCCACUUUCGAGCCAGUGUUCAGUGAAGUGAUGACAUGAUUUUACGAAAAAAAAAAAUUGUGGUGUGAUGUAAGAAAACGACAUUGCGUGCGCUCUCUGUGAGCAUUUUUUUUUUUCUUUCAAAACAGCAACUUGUGGACAAAAAACAUUGAUGUCACGAUAUAAUCUAACAUGUAGAACUUUACUGCUUUGUUUUUUGUUUUUUUUUGUUCGUCUGGCUGCAUUCUCACUAUCGUCCGGUAAGAAUGUUCUCGUAGCUUAGCCAGUCGGAGAAACCAGACUUUUUUUUUUUUUUUUUUUUUUUUUUUUUGUCUCGCCGGAUUGAGAUAUUAACCCUUCAAUAUCCAUUGAUGUCAUCUUCGUAUCUUGUGUAAAAGACGUAAGGAGUAGGUCAAACAUUCCCAUCGAGGACUGCUGUGGUUUGGUUUUCCACACAAAAAAAAAAACCUUUAUGACAGGAAUAUUUGUGAUGUGGUUGGCAUGAUUACCGUAAUAAUGCACUGCACUGCAAGCGAGUAGCGGCGCAAAAAAAAAAAAAAAAAAAAAAUUAAAA